CUUCAAAAGUGUCAUUUUUCGAUUUGUGCGAAGUCGUGUAUCGCGUUAUUUAUCAUGACAUAGAAAAUAUUUGCAUUCACAAUCGUUUAUGAAUACCUUGAUCUUACGUCGAUGGAUACGCACAUUUUAUCUUAACUGUGUCAUGUAAAUAGACCGUGAAUUCGUUGAAUUGUUUAGGGGGUGAUAGAUGGGGGAAAUUUUAGUGCAUUUGUGUGUUGUGCUGUGAUAGUUACGAUGGAUCGCCGAUGUUCCCAGUCUGUCCGGACACUUGUGUUCGACGAUUCAGACUCUGAUCCGCCUAAACUCGGACAGAAGAAGGAUCUGUCGUCCACUGGAGCGCCAUUGUCGCUGAACCAGAGCGCUGAAGGCCCGAGCGUACGGCGCGUAGCGUUCCGCGCGCGCCUCAAACAGCCAAUAGACCACCACAGACGGGGCCCUAAAGGGCUGAUGUUCAGCCGGGGUUGCGGGGUAAGCGCAAUAAGGUACCGCGACCUCGGCACAGAGCAGGAGAAGGAACAGGGGGAUGCGACCAAAACUUCUCGACAGUCGAACCUUGUGCGUAUGCGCAGGUCCGCUCUCGGGAAGUCAGCACCUACACUCUCUGUUCACGUCAAGGAGACAUGUGCUGUGUCUCGGCGGCCAUCGAGACUGCCACCGCCGCCCCCGCACCACCGGCUGUCACUAGUGGUCGGGUCAGGCCGUUGCAGUUCUCCGGGAACAGGACCUCUAUCACCAGCUGAAGGUCCUCGCUGGCCACACGUGCACCAUCCCCACCCCCUGCACCACGCACUCCUGUCAUCCAGCGUCAAACGAGGGAAGGAGCUCGAUGGUCGCAGGUGGUCGGUGGCGUCGCUCCCUUCAUCGGGCUACGGGACUACUCCGGGGAGUUCUAGUCUAUCUUCGCAAUGCUCAUCCCAGGAGAGGUUGCUCGCAGUCCAGGCGGUGUGCGAGCCGCCGCGAGCUCCGUGUCCACAUUGCCAUCAGCACCAGAAUUCGCUCAACAGUUCACAGGGCAGCGGUAUGAACAACUGGGCGUCGCUGUCCGACAGCGGCGGCAGUGGCAACACCGCUGCACGCGCCCCCUCGCCGCAGAGCCCCGCGCGGCGCGUGCGCAGCAGAAGUUUGAGUUCGCCGUCCCGCACUGGUGGCGGAGGCGGUUCCAGUGGCGGCUCAGGCUCGAGGGACGACGCGGUAUCGGCCAUGUCUGCGCUGUUCGCCGCACGCUUCCCUGCCGCGCAGAAAGCUAUGGAUGACAAACUACGAGCGUUAAUCGACGAAGUGCUAGAGUUGGACAAGAAGCCCGACCGGCCGCCCAUCGAGAGAUUUGUACAGAGACAGGUGUUGGAGAUGGCUCGCGACUGCUUGCACAAGUCCGAGUCGAAGCAAGUCACCAGCACCUAUUUCUACGACAUGGCUGACAGCCUGGACAGGCUACUUGCUGAGACGAGAGAGAAAUCAGCGGAAGCCGGCAACCAAGUAGCCCCGUUAGUGACGCGACUGAUACUCGCCAUGGCGCGGCCGGCGCGCCUGCUCGAGUGUCUCGAGUUCGAUCCCGAGCGGUUCUAUCGACUGCUGGAGGCCGCCGAGGGUCACGCUAAACAUCAACAGGGUAUAACGACGGAUAUCCCGCAGUAUAUAAUACACAAGCUGGGCCUGUCCCGAGACCCGCUGGCUGAACUACACGCCCCACCGCCUCCCCCACCGCCACAGAACACUUCGCCUUCCAAAACGCGUGGUCGUCAGUCCCCGCCUAGUGGGCAGGGCUCAACCAAUGCCCCGCCCUCUGAGAACGACUACCACGUCAUCAAACUGAUCUCUAACGGCGCCUACGGUGCCGUCUAUCUGGUUAAACAUAAGCAGACUAGGACUAGGUACGCGAUGAAGAAAAUAAGUAAAAACAAUUUGAUAUUAAGAAAUCAAGUGGAGCAAGCGUUCGCUGAGCGGGAUAUCCUCAGUUUCGCUGACAAUCCUUUCGUGGUGACAAUGUACUGCUCGUUCGAGACGAAGCGUCACCUGUGCUUCGUGUUGGAGUUCGUGGAGGGGGGCGACUGCGCCACCCUGCUCCGCGCCGGGCCGCUCCCCCCCGACAUGGCGCGCCACUACUUCGCCGAGGCAGUGCUCGCCGUCGAGUACCUGCACUCAUACGGCAUCGUGCACCGGGAUCUUAAGCCUGAUAAGUAUGUAUGA